AACAGUUUCAUUCACGGUAUUACACUGCUGGCGAUAUUGUGCUUCCGUUCAGUAAAAGAGAACAUUUUUAAAAUUUAAAGAGCAAUGUUUCGCUUUGUUUUGCUAACUCUUGCGUGCCUGUGUGUUGUUGGAAACGCCACAAAUGUCAAGGAAUGUAAAGGCAAACCGUUUCCACUGAAGGUUUCUGUUCGUGAUUGUGAGGAACCACCGUGUGUCGUCUAUAAAGGUCAAAAUGCUGUCAUGGAUAUUCAGUUUGUGGGCGACAGAAACAAUCUUUCGAAUAUGACGACCAAAACCACUGCCAAAGUUUUUGGAAUGAACCUGCCCUAUGAAUUACCCGAGGAGGUGUCAAAUGUGUGCGACAAUCUGUUGUAUGGUGCAAUGUGCCCUAUUGAUAAGGACGAGGAUGUCACAUACAGGUUCAAUUUCUUUGUUGAUCCCGUGUUUCCCGAAAUCACUGCCGAUGUUACGGUUUCACUGAACGAUGCUCAAGAUAACACGAUCAGCUGUUUCGUAUGCAGCUGUAAAAUCCGCAAGGGACCCACGUCACUACUCUUGGAAACGGCCGACCAAGUGAACGAUCACGUCGAAAUCGAGGCAUAAUAUAGGUUCACAGAUCUACCCGACACGACACUUGUUAGCUGACUGAAUCAAGUGAUUGCACGGCUGUCGUAUUGUUGACUAAUAAACUUUCAAUUCCAAAGAA